AUGACUACAGCUCACAGACCGACAUUUGACCCUGCGCGGGGAAAAGAAGCCCAGCGAGGUGUCGCAUACCAUCAAAGAUUACUACCAGCAUACACUCUUCUCAAAGUCAGACAGCCUGGUCAAGGAGGAGCUGCAGACACCGAGCCAGUUGACCUACGAGCACAACUACUUGCAGCUGAAGCUGCGCAUUUCGCAAAGACCAAGGGAACUCCAGUAGAUACUGCAACAAGUCCUCCCAAGCCUGCGAAACGAGAACUUGAAGCCUCAUUAAGCGACGACGAGAACGAGAACGAAGACCCUGAUGCGAAACGAAGAAGAGUCCUGGAAGAAACUCGAGAUAUUGAUGCAGAUUCCGAAGACGACGAUGAAGAUUCCGACAGCAGUGAGGAAGACGACGAAGAGGAAGACGAAACGGCUGCGCUAAUGCAAGAGCUUGAGAAGAUCAAGCGGGAACGAGCAGAACAGAAAGCCAGAGAAGAAGCCGAACAAUCGAAACAAGCGCAAGAACAACGAGAGGAAGAUAUCGCACUAGGUAACCCGUUACUCAAUCCCAAGGCCUUCAAUGUGAAACGAAGGUGGGACGAUGAUGUGGUUUUCAAGAAUCAAGCUCGAGGCACAGAGCAAAAAGGCAACCAAGAAUUUGUCAAUGAUCUUUUGAGGUCGGACUUCCACAAAAAAUUCAUGUCGAAAUAUGUUCGGUAA